UUGCCUUUCACGUUACUCAGAGAAAUAGUUUUAGAUGAUGCCGAUGAAGCAGCCACUUCCGCCGUUCCUUCUACGACGGAUGGUGUACCAGUUGAUGGGAUUUCAGCAUUUGAAAGUGCUUCUGAAAACCGAGCGUCCGCAUUUUUAAUUCCACAGGCAUUCAUUUCAAGUAGAAACCAGUCCGGUUCUCGACGAAGCGCGUCGGCCAACGGUGUGGGGCUGCGUUCUCGAUUUGGCAGUUGCACGGAUGCUUUGCGUAACGUUAUAAUGCAACAAAUAAUUGAACCUGGAGGUUCUUUGAACAAUCUAGAGCUGGCUGAAAUUGAUGAUGAGUCGUUUGAUGAUGAAGUGCAAGAUGAAGCAAACGAGGAUGACUGUGGCGAGGAGUUUGCAAAUGGUGUACUGGCAGAAACAGCAGCAGCUCUUCGUGAGCAGUCGGGCAGUGGCGCUUCAGUGAGUACAGUACCUGGCGAAUUUAAGAUUGCAAUGGAUGAGUCAAACAGAUUAUUGAGAGAUCAUUCGCGUUUUCAUACGCCGACUCCUUCUGAUAAACACAGUGGAGGCGAUAAAGGGGGAGCUGCGAGUCGCAAGUGGGAUGAUGAAUUUAUAUUGAAAUCUCGGCUUCCGGCUUUGAUUCCAGCCUUCGAUCCCCGUCCUGGCAGAACUAAUGUUAACCAGACACAGGACGUCGAGUUGCCACAGGAGACUGAUAAAUCUGAAAAAGAUGAGGCGGAUCUUCUAAAAAAAUCUGCGAAACUGGAAGUGAGAUUUCAAACUUCAGUUUAG